UCUAACCACAGUCCUGAUUCCCUUGGAUGUCGUCAUCAAUCAAAUGAAAGCGUUAUGCAGAAGAUACAAUCCUUCGAGAGAAUCGCUCAGCGAACUCAAAUGGAAGCCGCUUUGAAUUCUACCAAAGGCAGGGAGCCUCGAAAAGCUGCUAUCAACGAAUACGCCUCUUUGGGUGACUUGCAACUCCGCUUUGAGGAACUGGCCAAGCGCUUGGGUAUUGACUCCUCUCAAAACAGCAGCCUAACGGAGGGGCAGUCACCAGCAAGAGAAUCACCAGAAUGCGCUAUCCUGGGAGCAACUCCUUCUUUGGGUGAGAAAAUAAGGACCAUGGCUCAGUACAAUGAGAAAUGGCUACGUGCGGUUGCCAAAACCGAACGGAUACCAGGAAGAGCUAAGCAAAACCUGCCAGAACCUUCCCAGGACCCGGUAGAGAUGAGUCAACGCAGCCAGGAAUGGCGGCACGACGAUGUAACAGACAAGCGGACCAAUGCCAUAAUUCCAUCACCUUCUCUUGGUGAGAAAAUAAGGAUCAUGACCCAGAACCACGACACACCGAAUUCCGAGUGUACCACAUCCAAACGGACACAAGGCGGCGUUGAGCAGAUGACACCAAUAGUCCCAAAGUCUCUACUUGGCAAAAAUGUGCGAUAUCAGGAUCAAAAGAUCUGUGAAUAUCGUGCUAUGGCACCGAGUUCUAAGGAUGCCACAACAGGAUGCGCACCACGAGGGUGCGAACCAAUAGAAAACCCAAGCACAAAGGAGAUCUGGAGUACACGUCGCGAGGAACCACGAUCCAAAGAUGCCACUACCGAAUGGACACCAAGAGAUGGUGAAAGAACAGUAAGACCUUCUUACGUUGAACAGAUCCGUAGUAAACGCUUUAUGGAACCGCGUUUCAAGGACGCCACAACCGAAUGGACACCAAGAGAACCAACAGAAAAGUCAAGCCCGAAACCUUCACAGGAUGAUCCCAAGCAGAUUCGGAAUAAAGGCCGUAAGGCACCGAGUUCUAAGGAUGCCACAACAGGAUGCACACCACGAGGGUGCGAGCCAAUAGAAACAGCAAGACCUGCAAUGGAUGAUCAAAAGGUUAUCCGGAGUACACGCCACGAGGAACCACGAUCCAAAGAUGCCACAACCGAAUGGACCCCACGAGAUGGUGUGAUGGAUGAUCAAAAGAAGAUCCGGAGUAAAGGCCACGAAGAACCACCAAAAAAAGAAGAACUAACAACAAAAUUCAAUAAAAAUUCGACAAAACCUUCCCUGGACGAUAUAGCAAGGAUCCUGACGAAAUUCUCUGAAAAACCGUGUUCCAAAGAUGCCGCAACUGAAUGGACACCAAGAGAAGGCAGAAAUAUAGAGAACCCAAGCUUAAAACUGGUUGAUCGAAAGCAGACACGGAGUAAGCGCCACGAAGAGCCGCGUCCCAAAGACGCAACAAUCAAAGGGACACCAAAAGGUUAUGCCCAAGAUGAAACCAUAGUCUCCUCUUCAGAUGAACAAAUACGGAUUCUGACUGAAAGGAACGAGGAACUGCGUCGCCAGUGCCUGGUGUACUACCAUGAAGAUGGCCGUUUGAGGAAGCACCCAGCGGAUGGCUCUCAGUUUAAACGUAUGUCCAAGGGUUUCGAAAUCGGUGUCUUUCGGUGCAUGAAGCGUCUCAGGCGCUGGAACGGAGCUCCACAUAGCCUGAAGUUCUUUUUAACUGUCUUCAAGAGUUGCGGAGUGCGCGUGGGUCAUUCGCGAUUGCGGACCUUGGACCGGCGCUUGGAGCAGAUGGCCACUAGGUGGUUGGAUGAGCAGCUGCGCAUCCGAAGGGAGCGCGUCUGGAGCCUCUACCGCCAGUCCGUAGAGUCCAAGGGAGAGAGUGAGCCCAUACUCACGCCGAGGGUAGCGAAAGAGCUGGACCAACUGAUUGAGAGCCGCAAGCAAAUCAUAAUGGAGGAGAUGGCCCACACGGCCAAGCUGAAGGAGCUCUGGGUGGAGUACUGUCUCGGCAAGAUCCGGGACCAGCAGUUGCAGCAGGUCCUGCAGAAACUCGAUGAGAAGUACCUGCAGCUCGUGAAGGGCUUGAAUAAGCUGGCCCGCCGUCAGGACAAGCUCUCGAAGCAUAGCGCAGCGCUGGGUUGCUCAUUAAUUAAUUUAAUUUAAGCACUACACUACGCUUUAUUAAAAACCUGACUAAAAUGGAAACAAACAAAUUACACAAACAA